AUGCAAAACACCGAGACAAAUGAAAAAAAAGUAUCGAUGAAUAGUUGGGUUAAAGAACUUCAAGGAGCUUACUCUAAUAUUUUAAUUUCAGGAAGCAAAGGCAUAUCAUAUUUGAGCUCAUCUUUCAAUGGCGAUCAAAGUUUACCAUCCAAUGAUACAGAAAAUGUGAAUAAAAAUCGUAGCAAUAGUGAUAGUAAUUCAUUGGGAGGAAAUGAUAAAAUACAAAAUGAAAAUGAAGUAGUUAGUAUAUCUGAAAAAAGAAAAAUAAUUUUUGAAGUAUAUAAAAAAUAUCAUUUUAUUGAAAUGACAAAAUUUCAUACAAGCCGAGAAAAAUAUACUACCAACUUUUUGAACUUCCUUGAAGGAAUAAAUGAGAAAAUGAGUGAAGCAUUAAAACAUGGUGAAUAUAAUAUACAUAAUUUAAAUAAAUUUUUUAAAGAAUUUUUAAGAAAUGAUACAAAUUAUUAUAAAAGUACAUCAUUAGGAAGUAAUCGAGGGAAUAGUUCGUCUAAAAGUUUUAUGAAUAUGCCAAGCAAUGAUGAUUGUUGUGAUCAUUCCCAUUCAAAUUUAGAGACAGAAAAUGAUCACAUCCCCCCUUAUAAAAAAGAUAGUCAAAUAGGUAAUAUAAUGAAAAGUAAUGAUUAUUUUACAAAUAUAGAUAAACACAAAAAUAUAAAUAAUUCAAACAGUAAAGAACCCGACAAUCUAUAUGAAUAUAAAAAAAAUAAUUCGAAUUCCUCAAAAAUUAGCAUUGAUUCUGAUAAAAGAAUAAAUGAACAAACUGACUAUGUAAAAACAAAUGAGGCGAGUACCUUUUGUAAUAUUGUCCCAACUAGUUAUGAAAAAAAAAAGAAACCUAAUGAAAUGCUUAUUUUUUUAGAUAAAGUAAUAGAUGUAGAUGCAAAUAACUACAAUUAUUCCCAUACCAUUAUUAAUGAUUGGGCUCAUUUUGGGUUCAUAAACUAUACAAAAGUGAUGAAUAAUAUGAAAGCAAGUAGAAAUUUAAUAGACAGCGAAAUAUGCCAAAAAUAUUUAAUCAUAUUAAAAGAUAGUUAUAUAAAAGAAGAAGAAAAUAUAAUUGCACAAUUAAAAAAAAAAAAAAGUGAAUUUUUAAAACAAAUAGAUGCAUGUAAAGUGUGUUGGAAAUAUUUUGAAAAUAGUUAUUCAAACUCAGAACAAAUGAGAUCCGAUCGCACAAAAAGUUCAAAAAAAAAUAAAUGCUCAUGGUUAUGUCAACGAAAAUAUUUAAAUAAUGUAAAAAAAUUAAUACAAAUUCAAACUGAUUAUUUAGAUAUUAUAUGUGAAGCUAUACAAAUAUUUUUUCAACUUAAUGAAUGGAAAAAAACUUCAAUAAAAGAUAUAUUAUGUUCUUAUAUAUUAUUAUAUAAAAGUUUCUUAAACAUAUAUAUAAAUAAUAUUAAUAUAUUAUAUGGCUCAAUAUUACAAGAAACAAAUAUUGAAAUAUCUCAAUUUAAUAAUUUAAAAACAAUAACAGAUGUGGAUGAAUAUAAUAAUGAUAAUGAAAAUAUGAUAAGACAAAUACAUCCUUUUAAAUUUGAUAAAAAUAUAAAAAGUGAUGAUAUUCCUAAAUUUCAAAAUGCCUUAAAUUUAAUUAAUAAUAAAAUAAUAUUUUUUAACAAAGAAUAUAAUAUACGAUCCACACUUUGUCUAUUUUGUUCAAAUAUUAAAGGCCAUCUAACUAAUGCUGGAAUUUUUAAUAAAUAUAUUGAAGGAAUAUUAGUUAUUACUUGGGAUAAAUUUAUUCAUUUUUAUACUACUCCCGAUGAUGCUUCACCACAAUGGACUUAUCACAUCAAUGAAAUAGAGAUCAAACGUACUAGAGCUAUUAAAAGUAAAAAAAGUAUAAAUACAGAGAAUUCCAAUAAUGAUUCUAAAGAUAAAAAUGGAAAUGGUGAAGAAAAUAAUAUUAAAAAUGGGCCUGAUUGUUUCCCAUCUAAUUCUAGCCAAAAUAUGAAUAAUGAUUCCCCAAAAAAAGAACCCAUUCCAGAGGAUGAAAAUGACAAGGAAAAAAAAGAGAUAUCAGAAACUGCAUCUGAUAGAUCAUCCAUUGAUCAGUCACAAAUUAAUGAUAAUGAGUUAGGUAUUCAAAUUCGAGAAAAAAGAAAACUUUUACGUAUUAGUGGAUGGUCCAUCAUUUUUAGAUGCAACACUACAGAUAUAACAGAUAUUUGUUAUGAAUUAAUGAGUAAUCAUUUAAAUUCACAUUAUUAUAAAGAAGACUUAUCAUUUUUUUCAAAUUUUUUUAAUAUUAUUUCAAAUGGUGAAAUACAAAAUGAAUUAUUAUUUACUACAGAAAUGAAUAAUAUAUACAUUCAAAAUAAUGAUGAUAUAUCCACUGAUAAAAUAUAUUCAGGAAACAGUGAAGAAAAUAUUAAAAGUCAUAAUAUUUAUCAAAACUUUUCAAAUAGCCAACCUUCUUCCCUAAGCCCUGAAAAAAAUGAUGGAUCACAACUUUAUGGAAAAAAUAUCCAAAAUAGUUAG